CCUUUACAGCGGGCGUGACCAAGUUAUCUAUCCACGACCAUGUCAGACGCAGCAGGUCUAGUGCUUGGCGUGCCUGCCUUGCUCUUCACCUGCGUACAGUAUUACCAGGCUUUCCUUACCUACGCCAAUGAACAAAAUGAGAAGGAGGACUUCUGCAUAAGAUUCGAGAUUGAAGAAAAGGUUUUCUCCAAUUGGAAGGCCAAAGCCAUGCCACAGGGCAGGGUCGUCUUUACAAGCGACCCUGCCGUCGAAAGACUGACCGCAUCCUGCUUGAGUCAGAUCAAAGCUGCUUUUGAAGAGUCCGCAGCUAUCUCGGGUAGCCGUGAAGGCACCAAUUCAGGCCGACUCACCACUUUGGAGCCGCUCGUUUCGCGCCUGAAGAGGAUCGGUUGGGCACUUAACGGGGCCAAGGCGGCAAACGACCUUUGGAAGAAGCUGAAUAUAUACAACGAUGCCUUGAAUAGACUCUGGAACCUGAGCGAUGGGUCCGUACAGCGUCAGCUGCUCCCCGAGCUUGACAACUUCAAUAACACUGAGGGUCUGCGGUUGAUGGAGGUGGCGCUCAGGAGGGCAGACUUGGCCGAGUAUCGGGAGUUGGCUGCCGCUGUUCGGCUUCGUCGAGUCGCUCUCGAAGCCAGAGAGGCAGAAAACAAGUCUUUUCAAGACCUUGAUACCGAAUUUUCAUUGAUGCAGUUCGACGACAACAUGGAGCUCGAUGUGGGGGCCUUUGAGCCGCCGAUCUCGUUUCGAUCUCCUCAGCUGCCCCGUACUGCCACCGUCAACGGGCAAGCUGCGCUUUUGGAGUGGAAGGAAUACGAGACAAAUCAUCCACCAGGUCUUACCCAGCGGCAAUACGAAAGACUAGUUGGUAGCAGCAUGCGGUCCCUUGCGAAAUUGCUAUCACAGGAAACGAAGCCUACCAAGCUCAGAGCCCUCCACUGCGUCGGCUUCUACGAGCCGUCAACAGAGGGCCUCGCUUCUUCUGUGUGCUUUGCCUUCCGUCCUCCGCCCAACAUGGCCACUGAACCAAUCUCGCUGGCGACACUUAUCAGUAAAAGCAAGAGACCCUUCAAUCACGGCGGCGUCUCGGUAGAUACUCGCCUCUUCCUAGGCGACCGCUUCGCCCUGGCCCUCACACUCUCCAAGGCCAUCUAUCAGCUUCACUACUUAGGCUGGCUACAUAAGGGUAUCCGAAGCCACAACAUCCUCUUCUACCGACCCAGCAACGCUCGACACAGCUGGAGGCCUGACCCAAAUCAAGUAUUCUUAGUAGGCUACGAGUUUGCCCGCCCGGCCUCGCAAUCUGGCCUGUCAAUUCCGAUAGAGAACACGGCUGGGGUAGCGAUUUACCAUCACGCUACCUACGUUGACAGCAUGGCAGCUGGCUACGAGCCUAGAUUUGACCUGUACAGUUUCGGAAUCGUCUUAAUUGAGAUAGCACGGUGGCAAACGGCGGAGGAAAUGGCGGCGCAUGGCAACGUCAAUGCCUCGAACCCACGAGAGUGGGCUGCUUAUGUAGCCAACUAUCUGUUACCGGUGGUCGAGGAGAAGAUGGGUCAGGUGUACGGAGACGUUGUGCGGCGCUGCAUCAAAGGCACUGUUGGUGGCAAUGGCCCUAUUACCCAGGAGGGAUAUAAGGAAUACUUGAAAAGCCUUGAUGCAGAGGUAGUAACAAGACUGGAGCUUUGUUUUGCUUGAGUAGAAGUCUGUGUCAAUUAAAGGAAGAAAGCUAUUAAAGACACUGCACUCUAUUGAUUGCACUAGAAUGCAGAAACCUAGA